CUUGAACUCUGACCCCUGAGAUUGUUUCUGGCUGGUUCGCUGAGGAAUAAUAAUAAAACGAAAGUAUUGUAGACGAUGACUGGCUUGUCAAGGUUUUGCUUGCCAACGUAACAACAGCCACUCUUCCUUUUUGAGAGUAUUCGUAGAGAGUAUUGUGUUGGACCACUCCGCAAGGGCUUUAUUGAUGUGCUUUUUGACACGACCGGGUUGUGUUUUGCUACUUUGCUAACUCGUUAGCCUGCUAUGCGCUGCCAUCGCUGAUAAUGCUAACUUCAUCUCGCCGCUUUCAAGUCCGAAUAACAUCCGCAUUUGCGUCAUUGCGUAAAUCUGCUGAACACCGUUUACGUUGUCCAAAACCAGUGGCUCCUUUUAAGCGAUGUGUGCACCGCCAAUGAUUUAUUGUAGUGCAACAAUCAUCUCGCAAAAAGGCAAACGGAGCUAGCCAGGGUUAUUAUUCGCAGCGUCAGUCAAGCUGAGUGGGGAGUUUUGCUCAAGUUCUUUGGAAAUCAUUUCGUACGCAGAAGAAGGUUUCAUCGCUUGCAGUCUCAGGACGCGACAAAGUUUCCGAUAACUAUGGCUAAUGUCACGGAUCUGCAGACCAAAUACAGCAGGUUGGCACAGGAGUACUCCAAGCUUCGUGCCCAGAACCAGGUGCUGAAGAAGGCGGUUGUCGACGAACAAGCCAACUCGGCCUCCCUCAAAGAGCAACUGAAGCAAAGGGAUCAGAGCCUGAGGAAGCAAGAGCAGGAGAUGGACAGCCUCAGCUUUCGGAACCAGCAGCUGGCCAAGAGGGUAGAGCUUCUUCAAGAGGAGCUGGCUGCUAAUGAAGCAAAGAGCAAAAGGGGGAAGAAUAAAGGAGAUUCUCCUUCACACCAUGGUGGGCGGACACAAAGUGUUUUUGAUGAGGACCUGCAAAAAAAGAUUGAAGAAAAUGAGAGGCUUCACAUUCAGUUUUACGAGGCAGACGAGCAGCACAAGAAGGAGGAGGCUGAGAUGAGGUCACGUCUGGAAGAGUUGGAGGGAAGCUCUCAACAUCAUCAAGCUGUCGUGGAUGGACUCACUGCCAAGUACUCAGAAACCAUCGAGAGGCUGCAGAGUGACAAGGCACGAUUGGAGGUUAAAACACAGACUCUGGAGAGGGAGGGAAAAGAUUGCCGAUUGAGAGCAGAGGAGUGUCAGCAGCAGUUAAGACGAUGCCAGUCAGAACUUAACAGACAACUGAAACAAAGCAGCAGCGUUAUCCAGGAGAAAGUGCCCUUUAACGACACCCAAUUUAGUGACUACAACAGCCUAAAUGUCCCGUCACACAAUCGAAGACAUCAGCUUAAAGCCCGGGAUUUGGCAGGUCAAGCCUUUAGCUUCAUUCAGGACCUGGUGGCUGGUCUGUUGAACUUCCAUUCAUACACUGAGCAGAGAGUCCACAUCUAUCCACUGGACUCUUCUAUUGAGUCCAUUUCUCCUUUGAAUCAGAAGUUCUCUCAGUAUCUGCAUGAGAAUGCGGUAUAUGUACGCCCCCUAGAGGAGAGUUUUCUGCAGUUACACCAAAGUAUCACGGAGGACACGGUUACAGUGCUGGAGACUGUGGACAAGCUGAAGAACUUUAGUGACAUUUUCUCCACAUAUUGCCGUUUCCUACAAAAGCUUCUCCCUUAUCAACUAAAAAGCCUAGAGGAGGAGUGCCAAACACCACUUUGCACUACUGCCCUCACAUUAAAGAACCGAGAACUGCAGAAUGAUGUGAAGAGAGUGACAUUAGUGUUUGACAAACUACAGAACUACAUUAGCCUGUUGACCUUUCCCAGUGUUCGUCAGGAUGGUAUGCCGCAAAGUAAUACCUCUGCUGUCUUCACCCAAUUGUCAGCUUGCUUGCACAGUCUUCAUGAUGCCGUCAAAGAAAUGUCAAAGCACUACAACCAGAAGGCGAGUUUAGAGCAAGAUCUCCCCACUGCCACAGAGAAACUGUUCACCACCACAGAAUGUCUGCUGGGUUCCCUCGGCUCACUGACCAGCAGCACAGGCAAGCUUGCUACAUUCUUCAGCAACAACUUGGAUUUCUUCACGUCAUCGGGCUACGGUCCCAGAGGAAACACAGUGGCCCUUAACCCUUUACAAGCCGAGAUUAUGCUUUCCAACAAAAAGAAAGCAGCUGCUUACAUUCAAGCUCUCAAAAGGCCCAGGCCACAGUCCGUUCCAUACAGGGAAGCACUGGCCAAUCGCCGGAUACUCACGAGCUCUACUGAGAGUAGAGAAGGUCUCACUCAACAGGUGCAGCAGAGUCAGGAGAAGAUUGCACGCCUUGAGCAGGAAAAGGAACACUGGCUCCUUGAAGCUCAACUGGGGAAGGUGCGACUGGAAAAGGAGAACCAGCGUAUUUCAGACCUGGAAGCGCAGCUCGCCAUGGCUCUCGGGGAAGGUCGGAACUCUCAGACGACUGUGGUCAGCUCGCUGACACAGAACCACGAGGAAGUUGAGACGCCUUUGAAAACCACUGCGAAAGAAACUAUGUGCACCAGCCUGGUUGGCAUGUUGUGUACCGUACCCGUUGUCGAGCAUGUGGGAGACGAGGAGUCCAGGGAGCAGCUGAUAAAAACUCACUACAUGACCAGAGUGGGAGAGCUCACCACUCAGCUCCAGGUGUCAGACAGCAAAGCGGUGCACUUCCACUCUGAGUGUCGUGCUUUGGCCAAGAGAUUAGCCAUUGCAGAGAAAUCACGUGACACGAUUGUCGAAGAGAUGAAACGGGCCAGUCAGAACAUCACACACCUGCAGGAUGAAUUGAGCACGACCAAGAGGAGCUAUGAAGACCAGCUUAGCAUGAUGAGUGACCAUUUGUGUAGUAUGAACGAGACGCUGAGCAAACAGAAAGAGGAGAUCGACACACUCAAACUCGGGAGCAAGGCAAAUGCCAAGAAGAACAAAGGUCGCUAGCAGUUCCCCUCUCCAAAAAAAUAAUGGCUCCAUUUGGGAUCAUGAGAGCACCUUGAAGACAAUGUGGAGCCCAGACCAACCCCCGACACACCCUGUGCGUCAUCCUGGUACUAAUACCACCAUGUCACCAAAACCGGAUCACAAGCAAAGCCUCAGAAACUUCUACAUUUUACAUUGUGGCAAUACAAAUACUCAAGACUGACAUAGGAGGCCAUUUUUUUCCUCAUAACAGAAUCCCAUAAAUUCUGCCGGAAGCUGUUUGACCUUUAGGCCAGAGUAGAAUAAGAGAGAAACCACUUUCCUUCCAAAUGGAAUGCAGGAAAUGGAUAACGUUUGCUGACUUGAAGACCAAAUCCUGUUAAUCAAGCAGCCUUUUUGUUUUCCUGUUUCUGUAUAUGUGAGCGAGAAAAGACACUGCUCCUUCUGCGUAUUGAACACAAAAUGUGAGUGUGGCUGUUUUUACAUGCUCAGAUUGUUUCACACCUUUAAUGUAUAGCCCUUUUAACACUUGCAUAAGCUUAAGAAGGGUUUCCAACGAUGUAACACUUGAAUCCAUCCCUUCUUUUGGACAGUCCUCUUAAUAGGACAACAAUGAUGUCUGCCAAGAAUCUCUGACUGCUUAACUGUUUACAUGGGAGAAAAAGUCUACAAUGGACAAGUUGUAGCUUGUAAAGUGUCCCGUCCCGAAUGAGUCUGAUCUUUUUUUUUUAUGCACUAAAGUGUGGAUAUACCCUCCUGUUAGUACGUUGCAGCCUCAAAAUUUAUUGUAGAUGAGAAUUAUUUUUCACCGUACAUUUAUUAUAUGCAUUGAAAUAUGUUCCACAAUAUAUCCAUUUAUGUGCAAAUGUUUCUCACACAAUGUGAAGUCUGUACCGACUUAAUUUUGGGUGUGUCUCAAAGUUUGUAUAAUGGGGACGCGGCGUUGCCUGGACUUUUGAACUGCUGCUUCGACAAGCUGGUUCACGCAGUGUGCAGCUGCAAUUUUACUUCUGGCUUGUUGUGACAUGAUGAGGUAAGGCAACGUAGCCUCUCACUGGUUUGCUUGCUAGGAGGCUUCACUCGGGUCACAUGGAUUUGCUAACUAGCCACACGAUGGAAAAGUACUGUGCUAGUAUCAUCACAGUGUAACCUUGAAAGCCCAACAAUGUGCGUGCAAAUCAGAAUAAAGAGAUAUUUGUCUUUAGAAUGAGA